AGUGUGUGGUUCCCCUUUCUCUGUCGGGAGCACUUCCCAUCGGGAAACCACAGCGCUUCAAGUUGCCUGCUGGGUCUGGGGAUUCCUACUGUUGCAAUGAAACCCUGAACUCUGGAAGUGCAUGUCUUGUGUUCCCACAGUUCUGACCCUUUGUGCCCCCUAUCCUGUCUCCCACCCGCCCGCCCCCCCCCCCUUUUUUGUUGUUGUUGUUUAUCUGGUAAGUAGUACAAGCUUUAGUUUCCUAGCUGUGUUCUCAACCUGGGGCAAUUUUGCGCCCCCCCCCCCCCCAGGGGACACUUGGUAUGUCCGGAGACAUUUUGGUUGUCCCCCCUGGGGAGGGAUGCUGCUGGGAUUUAGUGGGUAGAGGCAAGGGUGCUGUGAAACAUCCUACCAUGUGCAGGAUGGCCCCCACCACAAAGAAUUAUCUGGUUCAAAGUGUCGACACUCUCGGAUCGAUCAGGAACUUUCUUGAGGAAGCAGCUAGGCUCCUCCUUUUUCUGGACUCUCCUGGCCCAGACGCAAGGAGAGGUGUCCAAUUGGUAAAGGUAGCUGGUAAAGGAUGCUACCCACCAAAGGCCAGAGAAAGGUCUGGAGCAGAGCACUGGACCAGGAGGCCAGCUUCUCGCCCAGCUCUGCCGUUUGGGGCAGAAACCUGGAUGAGUGACUUUGCUUCAGUGACACCUGUUUUCUGGAGCUGCUCUGGGUGUCCCUUCCCUCCCAGCUCUUUGAGAUCCCAAGAUUCUGUGACUAGAGGCAGGAGUUCGAAUGCAGGCCGUUUGAACACGUGAGCCUUUCCCAUUGUUGCCUCAGUGUCCUGGGGGCAGCAGAAGCUCAGGGAUUCUCUGGUACCAAGCGUUCAUUAGAAACCUGGUUUGAUUUCCUUCUGUUCCUAACACGUCUGAGACCAACCCCAGCCUCCCUUUCUCUUUUUUAGCCAAAGAGAGCUUUCCCCCCAAAGGUUUGCCUGGGAGCCCAUGGCAGACCCAGAAGGUCACAUAUGCUGACCCUCUCCUGGGCAGUGUGGCGAGGGGAUAACCCUGAGGCCAGUACUCCUCAUGUAGUUGGAGUCAGCAAACAGGGGCCCACGGGCCAAAUCUGGCCCACAACUUGUCUUUAUAUAUAAAGUUUUAUUGGGACGCAGCCAUACCCUUUGUUCCCAUGCAGUAUGUUGCUGCUCUCCGACUGGAAAGACGGUAUCUUCCCCAAAGCCAGAGAUCUUUAGUCUGUGGUCCUUUAUAGAAAAUGCUGGCCAGUCCUUGGUCUAGCUGGUCCGUGUCUGAGUGUUUAGAGGUUAGGUCCCAGGGCGUGGGCAGGAGAAGAGGGUUCAGGUUAGGGAUGGGGAGAGCUAACUCGCCUGAGGGUUGGUGGGAGGAAGGGGCAGGAGGAGGGAGAGCCGACUGGCGGUAGUGAGAGUCCUCACCUGGCUCUGAGCCCAGCCCAGGUCACCUGUGCCCCGGUGCCUGGCUCCUGCCUCCCGUCCUAGAGAACUUUGUUUGCUGGAGUGACAGUCGCAUGACUGCCUGGGGCGGGGUUUGGGGGGUGGCACUUGAUGGUGGGGGAGCCGUCAGACUGGGCGUCAGCAGCUGGACAAAGACUGAGAAUGCCGUGGGGGGUGUUUGGAGGACACAGGGGUCAGGCCGGCCGGGAACCCUGGGGCCGGCUAGAGGCUGAAGGGAGGCCAGCGUGGCCCCUGGAUUGGGAAGCAGAAAGGGAGAUGAGGGAGGGCAGGACGGAGGUGUUGCCUUUCCACAGGUCUUUGAAGACCCAUUGCUAGAUGGGAUUCAGUGGUGAGUCGGCCCCGUCCGAACCUUCUGGAAGCUCAGGGUCCAGUGGGCAACAUUACACACCAGCUGGCAGGAGUAGAACGAUGUAGCCGAUGCCCGCCGGGAGAGGGGACAUCCAGAGUGCUGGGAGGAUGGAGGCGAGGUGGCCGAGAGGGUUCACCCUGGCUAAGGACGGUUUCCCGGAAGAAGUGACGUCUCAGCCGAGCCCGGAAGGACGUUGAGUGAGCCAGGUGACAGGGUGUGCCAGCAGGGACCUGCAUGUGUCCAGUCCUGGAGUCCAGGAGGCAGAAGCUGAGAGAGGGCUAGGACAGAGAGCAAAGGUAGGGGAGCGGCAAGCAGUGGCGUGGAGGAAGGAGGGAGGCAAGGACGGGUCGCCAGAUCGAGGGGUCUGCACCGGUGAGUCCUGGAUGGCUUUUGUUUUAGAGAAAAGGUGAAGAAUGGUCUGGAGAGGGACAGAAGGGGAAACGGGGAUCUGCUGGGCUGGCGCCGGGGGCCAGGUGGGAUGUGGUGGCCUAGCUGGGGGUGAGGAAGAAACCGGCGGGACACCCACGGGUCGCGCUUCGCAGUGGGAAGAGUGGUCCCGCCAUGAAGUCUUGUUGGCCAGACUACGGCCACCAUCACCCCUUACCCACCCGCCUUGUCGGAUCCCGUCCGUCUUCCUGCCCUGCUCAGCCCUGCAUUGCUGGGUUUAGCCUUUGGGGCAGGUCCCUCCAGAGGGAAAAGGACUGGUUUGUCUCCAACAGUCGACCUCAACUUGGUGCUUGCCAGGAGCUAUAUGGGUGGUACCUGGAGCUUUCAGAUGCCCCAGGCUCCCCGGGGCCCCCCUCGCUGAUCUUCAUUUCCGGUUAACUGUCCCCCCGGGGUCGGCAGAUCUCGGGGGCCGGGCCGUCUAGUCCCUGCCCUCUUCCUGCACCCUUAACGAUUCAAGAGACCAGAAUUUUCUAGUCUUCAUCCCUAGGAGACACAGGGUGAGUGUCCAGCAAAGAGCUUGGCCCCACGGUGGAGAGGUCGCAGGCGGGGUCCUCGCUUGUGGGACACCCAGUGAGGACUGGAAGGCUGGGGAGCUGGUUUUGUGGGUCCCAGCGGCCCCGCCCCGGUUCUGAUUCAGAAAGCGAGUCUGGCCGCCCACAUACGUGGAGGUGCCGGGCAGCGUCUCUCCGGAGCCCAUCCUGUUCUCUCCCUCGUCAGAGGACCAUGACUCAGGUUGAGGUGUCCACUGCCUCCACGGGGAUUGAGGUCAGACAGCAGGAAGAACCUAGAGCGUGUCUCCAGCCCGGCUGUCCGCGGGAGUCCUGUCCUGGACCCAGGCUCUUUCCCCGACUGCCACACGGAACCGCCUGUGCAUCUCCACCGCCUUAAACGUGGUUGUGUUCACGCUGGUGGCAUCCUGGUCGGGGGGAGAUGCUGUCCUUCGGAAGAAGGAUCGUCCUUCUCUCUGGUUCGGGGAAAAUGUGUCUGUGGCUACCUGAACUCUACAUGGCUACCUAACCCGAGUGCCUGCGCGUGAAGAAUCAGGCAGGCUUGGGCCACCGGUGGCUUCUUUCACGCCCUAUGAUCUCCUCCUUGGCACCCCCUAUGCCCGCCGGACUUCACAUCUGACCCCCGACCCGCCUGCCGCCUUGGGAGGCCCGCCCCCCGCCCCCCACCCCCACCGGCAAGAUGCCCAUCCUCAAGCAGCUGGUGUCGAGCUCGGUGCACUCCAAGCGCCGCUCCCGCGUGGACCUCACGGCCGAGAUGAUCAGCGCCCCCUUGGGCGACUUCCGGCACACCAUGCACGUGGGCCGGGCGGGGGACGCCUUCGGGGACACGUCCUUCCUCAACAGCAAGGCCGGCGAGCUGGACGGCGAGUCCCUGGAGGAGCAGGCCGCCUCCUCGUCCUCCAAACGCGGCCUCCUGUCCCGGAAGUUCCGGGGCAGCAAGCGGUCGCAGUCGGUGACCAGGGGGGACCGGGAGCAGAGGGACAUGCUGGGCUCCCUGCGGGACUCGGCUCUGUUCGUCAAGAACGCCAUGUCCCUGCCGCAGCUGAACGAGAAGGAGGCCGCCGAGAAGGGCUCCGGCAAGCUGCCCAAGAGCCUGUCGUCCAGCCCCGUGAAGAAGGCGAGUGUCGGGGAGGGCGGCCAGGAGGAGGCGGGCGAGGGGGAGCUGGCGCCCCGGCGGAACGGGGCCGCCGCGCUCCACUCCCCCGACCCCCUCCUCGACGAGCAGGCCUUCGGGGACCUGACGGAGCUGCCCGUGGUGCCCAAGGCCAGCCUGGGGCUCAAGCACGCCGAGUCGGUCAUGUCGUUCCACAUUGACCUGGGCCCCUCCAUGCUGGGCGACGUCCUCAGCAUCAUGGACAAGGAGGAGUGGGACCCCGAGGAGGAGGGCGGCGGUUACCGCGACGGGGACCCCGCAGGCAGCACCCUCCGGGCUCCCCCGGCCCUGGCACCGGCGGCCCCUCCGCGGUCAAGGCAGCAAGAAGGCGCGUCGGGCCGGGACCCGCCCCAGGACGAGGGCUGGGCGGCGGCCCCCAGCCCCGGCUCGGCCCGCAGCGAGGGCAGCCACACCACGCGGGACAGCAGCUCCCUGUCCAGCUGCACCUCGGGCAUCCUGGAGGAGCGCAGCCCCGCCUCGCGGGGGCCCGACAGGGCCCAGGCCGCUCUGCCCCGGCAGCAGGACAAGGAGUUUUCCUUCAUGGACGAGGAGGAGGAGGAUGAGAUCCGGGUGUGAGGGGCACCAGGCGGGAGGGGGGCUCCGUCUCCUCCCUGCCCCCUCCCCCCGCUCCAGGCCACCACCCCCUUCCCUUCCCUGUCCCGUCCCAUCCUGUGCAAGGCAGCCGGGAGCCUGGCUUCCACCGCAGACCCUGGACGUCCCCCGUCCUGGACGUGGGGCGCUGGCGAGGCCGGGGCCCCAAUGGGGACACAGGGAGGUGGCGUGGGCACCCAGCUGCCUGGCGCACCCAGCCCUCCCGUGUGCUGCGGGCCGGACCAGGUGCUUGCGGCAGGAACCGGUUCUCCCUUCCCUCCAGCCCGGCCUCAGACGGUGACGCAUGUCAGCCAAGUCCCCGCCUCGUGGGGCAGCAGCGGCGGGUCAGUCCGGGAGCGGCCCCGGUGCCUCGGCCAAGGACGCUCGGCUCGCCUUUCCUCUCCUGGCGUUUCUGCUGUGACUGGUGGCCGUGUGGCAGGAGGAAAGGUGGUCCCACGCCUCGGCCCCCCGCUCCCGGCUCCUGCACCGCGAGCCUGGAGCCCCUUGGAGCAAAGCCGGACCGAAUGUGUGCACUAAACGCAGCCCCUUCCAGGGGGGAGAACAGGAUGGGGAGCGAAAGAAAGGAGGCCCCAGGCUUCCUGAAUUUUCUAAAAGGGGCCUUUCCAGGAUGACACUAGGAACAGGCUGGGCACUCGCUCGGCCCCUAUCGAUCUGUUUGUUCUCCUGUCCUGUUUAAAUCCUUCCAGAGCAUAUCUGGAACAGUGUUAGCAGCUCUGACACCAGAUGGAAGAUCAAAUCCUUUUAGAAAACCUUUAUACUAAGUGCUUCCAGACUUUAUGUAGAACUGAAUGGGGUGGGUGUCCGUGCGUGUGUGUCCUUCCCCUCCCCCCCCCCCACCCCAUGGCUAUUAACAGUUGAAGGCAGCCAGUGUAGAAAUUUUCUGGAAAAGGAUUUUUUAAAAAAUUAAUAUAUCAUUUCUUGGAGGGCUAGAAGCUUUUUUGACUGAGUUACCCCCCCCCCAUACACACACACACACACACA